AUGGCGAAAAUGUCCAAGACGUUUACCGCCGAAGGAUACGAAGUCACGAUUACUCCCCUUCUUGACCUACUUAAUGACCGCGUGGAUGCCAAGGGGGUAGUGGGGGUACUGGCGCACUUUCGCCCAUCUGCGGAGACGAGGGCCGCCCUGAAUGGUCCAGAUGAUGGCUUCAAACUCCUCCACGAGCACGCAAAGAGAGACGACUGGAUGCGGCUCCCAGUGAGGCACAAGGGGAGAAAAAGCGAGAUUCUCACAAGCCAUUUUGUUCAGAACUAUGGCGCCCCGUACAAGUACGUCGUCUCCGUAGCCUCCAAGAGUUUUGAAAAUGCCCCAGAUGUCAUCCUUCGAGCGCUUUUGAGGAUGACAUGGGCGGGCAGACAAGUGAUGGAGGGUGCGAAUACGUUGGGGCCUACGGUGGCUACACUGUCCCUCGGCUCGCCGUCAACCAUGUCAUUCAGGCCCAAACUGAAAGGCAAAGACAAAAAGGGCAAUACCUCGGUCUUGGAUCUACGUCUCCUGCACGGGGACAUUGUGGUCAUGCACGGGACCGACAUUCACCGGUGCUACGAGGUAGGGCCCAAGUCCACUGUAUACAUAUUCUCAAGCUCGGGCCUAACCGCUGUUUAA